UCCCACAGCUACAAUUUAAAAUUAAACGCAGGAGACGCCCAUGCGAGCGAGCCCUAAACAAGGUCUCCUGGGGAAUUCCAGGAAAGCUUCCGCGUCGCCCCCGCUUGGCACACGCGAGUGGCCCCUGCUGAGCUGAACCACAUCUCCUUGGUUCGGCUCCACUGACUCAAGAGGCGAGAACGAGAAAUCCUCGCAAAACCCUGGUUUUCCGCUCUCUGGGUUUUCUUCCAUCCGUGGACAUCCAUGGGGACUUCCGUGCAGAUGACUCCGCUUUGCGGUGUCUACAGUGAGAACCCUCUCUGCUACUUGCUCUCGAUCGACGGUUUCAACUUCUUGAUGGACUGCGGAUGGAACGACCUCUUCGACCCUAACCUCCUUCAGCCACUCUCCAGGGUAUCAUCAAAAGUAGAUGCUGUUUUACUGUCACAUCCAGAUAUUCUUCAUCUAGGUGCUUUGCCGUAUGCCAUGAAACAUCUUGGGCUCACUGCUCCAGUUUAUGCAACAGAGCCUGUAUAUAGACUUGGUCUUUUGACCAUGUACGAUCACUAUCUUUCCCGACGAGAGUGCUCUGAUUUUGACUUGUUUUCUCUGGAUGACAUAGAUGCUGUCUUCCAAAAUGUUACUAGGCUCACAUACUCACAGAAUUAUCAUCUUACUGAUAAAGGAGAAGGAAUUGUUAUAGCUCCACAUGUGGCGGGACAUCUUCUGGGAGGUACUGUCUGGAAGAUUACCAAGGAUGGGGAAGAUGUAAUCUAUGCAGUUGAUUUUAAUCACCGUAAAGAACGUCACUUGAAUGGAACCGUUCUGGAGUCCUUUGUGAGGCCAGCUGUUCUGAUAACAGAUGCUUUUAAUGCUUUGAACAAUCAACUCUACAAGCGUCAAAGGGAUCAGGAGUUCAUUGAUGCUAUACUGAAGGCCCUGAAUGCAGAUGGAAAUGUACUUCUUCCAGUUGAUACUGCAGGAAGGGCAUUGGAGCUUAUUUUGAUUUUGGAACAUUAUUGGUCACAACAGCAUCUCAGUUUUCCUAUCUACUUUCUGACAAAUGUGGCUACAAGUACAAUUGACUAUGUGAAGAGUUUCCUUGAGUGGAUGAGUGAUUCUAUUGCAAAAUCAUUCGAACAUACUCGUGAUAAUGCCUUCUUGUUAAGGCAUGUCAAUCUCAUAAUCAAUAGGGAUGAAUUUGAGAAAACAGCUGAGAUCCCAAAGGUUGUUCUUGCUUCCAUGGACAGUCUUGAGGUGGGUUUCUCACAUGAUAUAUUUGUUGAAUGGGCCACUGAUGCAAGGAACUUAGUGCUUUUUACUCAAAAAGGCCAGUUUGGUACACUUGCUCGCAUGUUACAAGUGGAUCCACCCCCCAAGGCUGUAAAAGUUACCUUGAGCAAGAGGGUUCCUUUAGUUGGUGAUGAGCUCAUAGCAUAUGAAGAGGAACAAAAUCGAAUAAAAAAAGAAGCAGCCUUAAAAGCUAGCCUCAGCAGAGAGGAGGAAUUAAAGGCAUCACAUGGAUCAGAUACUAAUGCACCUGACCCAAUGGAAGUCGAUGCUAGCACAUCAUAUGUUUCCAGUGGUUCUGGACUGCGCUCUGCUGGGCAUCUAGAUGUUUUCAUAGAUGGAUUUACUCCAUCUACAAGUGUUUUUCCAAUGUUCCCAUUUUUUGAGACAACAGCUGAAUGGGAUGACUAUGGUGAGGUUAUCAAUCCUGAUGAUUACAUAAUUAAGGAAGAAGACAGGGAUCAAGCAUCUAUGCAAGGAGAUCUAGACAUUAAGAUUGAAGAAGGCUCAGCACGUUUACUCCUCGACUUAACUCCUUCUAAAGUUGCUUCUACUGAAUUGACUGUGCAAGUGAAGUGUGGAUUGACUUACAUGGAUUUUGAAGGUCGAUCAGAUGGGCGUUCUGUCAAAUCGAUCAUUGCUCAUGUGGCUCCCUUAAAACUUGUUUUAGUGCAUGGAUCUGCAGAAGCUACUGAGCAUUUGAAACAACACUGUGCAAAACAUGUUUGCCCCCAUGUUUAUGCCCCGCAGAUCGAAGAAACAAUUGAUGUUACCUCUGAUUUGUGUGCCUAUAAGGUUCAGCUUUCGGAGAGAUUGAUGAGUAAUGUUCUCCUCAAAAAGCUAGGUGAUUAUGAAAUUGCAUGGGUUGAUGGUGAAGUAGGAAAGACUGAUGACAUGCUUACUCUGCUGCCACUCCCUUCAGCUCCUCUACCCCACAAAUCUGUUCUCAUAGGAGAUCUGAAAUUGGCAGAUUUCAAGCAGUUUCUUGCUAGCCAAGGCGUCCAGGUAGAAUUUGCCGCGGGUGCCUUGCGUUGUGGUGAGCACAUAACUUUGCGCAAGAUCAGUGAUGCCAGCCAAAAGGGUGGGAGUGGCCCUCAGCAAAUACUCAUCGAAGGCCCAUUGACAGAAGAGUACUACAAGAUACGCAAGUAUCUUUAUUCGCAGUUCUACUUGUUGUAGAGUUCAAAAAAAAAAAAAAUUUUUUCUGUAGAAUUAAUUGUUUAAAAUAAUUUAACAAUUUCUUUGAUCUUCUAUUUGGCCAGACGAUAACAGAUUCUGUAACUGGAUGGAAAAACAUCCAUCUAUAAACACUCAGAGGGAAUGAGCAAAAUUAGCUUAGCAGUUAAGGCAAUAAUGAUAUUUUCAUUAGAAAACUAGUAGGGAGAGACGAAUCUCCCUGAAUUAUGUUACUUAUCUUCCAAGCAUAGAACCAAGUUUCCAUUAUCAUCUUUCAGGAGCAUUCCAACAAGCCAUCCAAGACUGUGAAUGAAAGAACCAGUUAUCGAAGGUGCUAGGUUUGACUGCCGGUGAUGAACUUAGGUUCGAGUUCUGCCUUGGUCAAAAAGAGUUGGGGAAUAAGGACAAUCUGUAGUUGCUGCUAAGUAUAUUCCUUAUGGUACUUUUUUAUACAUGUAAGAUCAUCAACUAUGUAGACAUGACACACUUGCAUCCACAUACAUAUUGAGCAUUAUAUGUCCA